UGCACAUGAAAUACAUAAUUCAAAAUGUGUUUAAGCUUCUCUCUCUCUCUCUCUCUCUCUCUCUCUCUCUCUCGUUUAGACCCAACUGUGAUCAGCUGCGGCCGCCUCUCUUUUAAGCUUAAACACACCGUCUUUUCUCUCUCUACCUCACCGUCUUCUCUCUCUCUCUCAUGAAACCCUAAAAUGAACCCGAGCCCAUAUUCGGCAAGCCAAAAAGAGCUCUCUAUUCCGACAACCAUCAACUCUCUGAUUCUCUGCUUUUACGCAAAAAUACCCUUUUAAAACCAAGGUAGAAAAGGCAUGGAGAUAGACUCUUCUCUUUUCAGAUCACAGCUUUAAUCACACACAAGUACCCUCUCUCUCUCUCUCUCUCUCUCCUAAAUGAGUUUGUGAUCAAGCAAAUCUCUUCUCUAGCUAGCUAGUGCCCAUUUUAUACUCUCUCUCUCUCCAUCCAGAGUACGCACAUCUCCAUCCAUACCAUACACAUAUACAGAACAAAUCACAUGGAUUCGGGCAACAGUGGAAGUAUGCAAUCAUCCAGCGACGGUGGUGAUGAUCAAGAAUACGAUUCACGCGCCGCCUCCAUCUCCACCUACUUCAACCCACCACCACCUCACCACCACAACUCCAGCUCACCCCUACCAUUCGACCCAAACUCGCUCCUAAAUUUCGACCCCAUUUACACCGCACCACACCCAACCCAACCCUUCUUCCGCCCAUCACCGCCUACUCCGGCUCGCUUCCCUCCAGUUCCGUCAGAACACAUUAACACCAAUACGGUCACGGACACAACCACCACCACCACCCAAAGAACUUACCCUCAGCACGCGCUCCAACCCCGCGCCAACCCGAAGAAAAAACGGUCCAGAGCCUCCCGGAGGGCCCCGACCACGGUUCUGACCACUGACACGACCAACUUCCGAGCCAUGGUUCAGGAAUUCACCGGCAUCCCAUCGCCACCGUUCUCGUCAUCAUCAUCGCCGUUCGUAAGAUCGAGUCCGCUCGAUCUGUUCGGCACGCCGUCGAGUAUCAGAUCCAACCCCUUCCUUCUCCGACCCUUUGCCCAGAAGUUUCAACCGCCGCUUCUCUCCAGUAAUUCAGUUUCUCUUGUCCCCGCCGUCAACUACCGUAUGCAGAACCCAGUUCCGUCCGUGGGCUUGGAUGAGUUUGGGCUGGGCCAUGGGCUUCAGAACCGGGAGAAUCUGUUCGCCGUGGACGGGAGGAGUGAUAGGGUUUCGAUGGGCUGGGGCGGCGCCGGAGUGGGACCCGUCGACAGUGCAGAUCAAAGUCACUUGAGGUUAGUCAAUGGGAACUAUGAUUUUUCACAUGGGAGUGGGGAUAAUGGGAAUGGCAAUUUGGUAAAUUUCGCGGCUUCUUCGUCCGAUUUCCGCGGCGAGAAGGCGUCUGACAAGAUUUGUGGUAGAGGUGAAGGUAAUGUGGAACCAUGGAUUUGUUCUUUGGACCAUAAUUAAUCUUCAAUUGCAAAAAUAGAAUUGGAAAUUAGAAAACGAAAUGAAAAUGGAGGUGGAUAAUUUUGUAAUGCGUGAAAGAGGGUAAUUACGUUAUUAGCGGGGCGUUUUGGCUUAGUAAUUCAUUUGAAUUAUUUUUUUCUCUUAUUACUAAUAUAUAUAUUUUUUGUAUUUAUUAGUUUUGCAGGUUUUUUUUUUUAAGAUUCUUGCUUCGUUAUGAUGAGGAAUCUUAAAAGUAAAAUAUUAUGAUCAAAAUCUUAAAAGAAAAAUUCACUACAAAAAAAUUAAUGUGAAACAGACGGACUUUUUGGAUUCGUUGUUUUUAUUUCACUUUCUAGAUUCCUUUCAUCGAUUGAUUUGAAUCAAUAAUUUACAAAAACAAAUUUGCAAAACUAACAAAUGCAAAUUUCUUUAAAUAAGAAAAAAAAUUAAUCCAUCUUAAUUAUUAAGCCAAAACACAUCUUAACCAUGACUUUGUAUGUAGAUAAAAUAGUUUUUUUUUUCCUUUUAUGGUUUCUUGCGUGCUGUUCUUAAUGUACGUAUCAAAAUAUAUGUAGGGGAAUUUGAUCACGCCCAUGGAUUCUUCUUGUGUCUAAUUGAUGGAAUUUAAGAUUUGUUUCAAA